UUGAACCUGUUGUGAGCUUAACAAAAGGACCAAACCCUCUAAUAGAUGGUGCAAAUCGGACAAUAGCAGCCACUUGUACAGCAGCCACUGGAAAACCUGCUGCAGAGAUUGACUGGGAAGGAGGUCUUGGUGAAAUGGAAUCCAGCUCUAAUUUGUUUCCAAAUGAAACAGUGACAGUUGCUACACGAUUUGCAAGAGGAAGGCGUAUAACUUGUGUUGUGAGGCACCCUGCUUUGGAAAAGGAGAUAAGAUACCCUCAAGUGUUGGACAUUCAGUAUGCCCCAGAAGUUUCAGUAACUGGCUAUGAUGGAAACUGGUUCAUUGGAAGAGAGAACGUUCAGCUCAGAUGUAAUGCUGAUGCAAAUCCAUUACCUAUGGAAUUUAUGUGGACCAGGUUGGAUGGACAAUGGCCUGAAGGAUUACUGUCUGUCAACAAUACUCUGCAGUUCAGCAGCCCAUUGACUUACAACUACACUGGGACUUACAUCUGUAAGGUGACUAAUUCACUUGGUCAGAGAAGUGAUCAGAAGACUAUCUACAUACUAG